UCACUGCGAGAACGGACGACGGGUGAUCGAGAUUAAUAGACAGUCCUGUCAGCAGCGGUCUCCUCAUCGCGACCAGUGACCGAGCACUGUCCAGUCUCUCCUGAGAUUGCAACCUGCGUGGGCUAUCGGCCAUCGUAAACCGUAUUGUGGAUCGAUAGGGCGUGUGACUGGUAGACAUCUGCAAGUAUUCCGUUUGCUGAUCGAGUGAACGAAUAAUCGGGGAAAAGGGAGCUGGCCGGUGUUGGGACCAAGAGACGCACGGAAUGAGAUAACGGACAGGAAACCGCAUCCCUGAGGCAACUUUCUAACUGAGGAACACGGAAAGAUAUCUACUCGCCUUCCAGAUCUCAAACACGCGGUCGGACCCAUGAGGAGCACGAGGGGAUGGUGGAUCGUCCUUGGCGGCUUCACCCUGAUUUAUCUUGGAAAUGUUUGCUUAGCGAACGAGGUGGAAAACGAAUCCCCUGCAGAAGAAGUAAUAAGAACCACUGAGGCUAGCGAGUUGGCAAGUCAAGAGCAAGAGGAGCCGCAGCAUCUCUGCUGCGUGAAACAUGAAAGAAUGAUAGAAGUGGGCCACGGUAUGUCCGAUCAAAUGAUUCAGGUCGACGUCGGUCACUGCCGCAGGCUUUGCCCCCGCCACGUUGUGAACGACCCAGGGGACCCCGGUCGACCCGCGAUUCAGAGAUGUCCCAUCGAUUGGCACUGCCGACCGAACGCUGCAAGGCUUGAGAGGGUCUCCACGCUUCAGGGGGUCCGCAUCAUCGAAGCCCUCGAUUCCUGCGAUUGUACACCAAAGCAAUCCUGCACCAGAGAACCUUACAAUUACGUUGUUUAUCCUGGAACUCCCCAUCAAGCUAACAUGGACGUUGGUAUGUGCAUGGGACGCUGUUCGGGCAGGGGAUUUGGGUGCAAACCUUUGAGAAACAGAACGAUAAGUAUCGUCGGUCCCAACGGUGACGAAGUUCAUCAAGUGAUCGAAGCCUGUGGAUGCAGCGGUGAUUGCUACAGGAUGACUCACAUCGAGACCGUCUUGGACUUCAGCGAGAUCGAAAUAAGAAACGGCACAAACUCUGCGGAGGUCAAGCCUCUCGUUAGGGCUAUCGACGUCGGUCAGUGCGUCGGUGCUUGCGCAGGGAAGGAGACGGAGACGUGUAUGCUCCGGGACAAGAAAGACCCGUCCAGGUGUCUCGCCGGUCUAUAUUCAAAGCAGCAUUCUUGCACUCCGGCCAGAUUUAAAAUCCACGAGUAUAGAUCUCGGAGAGGCGGAAUGAGAGAAAUAAUCGCUAUCACACAGUGUGCUUGUGUCUAAAUAUAUUAUCGCUUCUUCUUCGUCGUUAAGUCGCGACUAUGACGUCACUUCGGAAAUAAUUCAAGACCAACUUCAAGUCUGCACAAAGAUGUGACGAAAAGAAAUUUCCGAUUGGGGAAACGUAGGGCGAGACUGGCCAACCUAAAACAAAAUUACCAACUAUCAUUUCCGGCAAAGAUGAAUGAAACAAAGUGAUUCCAAAGCGUCUCGGAUGAAAAUCAGGAAAAAUCGUACAGUCAUUCGUACUUAUGAUGUAAUUUUUGCGUUUAGUUUAAAUUUAAUUAGCUGAUUUGUUAGUCACGCCUAUAGUCGCCAAAAUUUUUCGGCUUCUUCUUUGGUGCACAUUAUUUGUAAUUGAACAAAUUUUUUGGAUAGCCGAUUCAGUCCCACUCUUCCGGUUCUUAUCGAUUUCGCCGGAGUCACGUGGCGUAUACAGUUUUGUCUUUCUCGCCGUGACAGGGAACAAAUUUUUUAGACAUCCAGUUCUGCCUCACCCUCCCCUACUUUUUAUAGCGAAUAACAAACUUAGUACUAAAGCACCUGCCGGUAUACAAGUUUUCGAAAUUUUCAUUGCCACUGAUCUUUGGGCGCCACAUAUUAUCAUAUGUGUAUACAAAAACAUUCUUUGUUUUAUCAUCGUCAUCAAGAAGCGUGAGAUAUUAUCUGGUAAUUAUUAUCUUAUAGUUGGUAUUCUACGCAGACACUGCACGCUUGCAUUAUGUGUAUCAGUUUUGAAUAAUAAAUUUCUAAAUUUUUA